UCUCUGGACCAAGUAACUGCCUCAUCAAAGUCUUCUUGAAGUUCUUCACCAUGUUCUCUGCUUGCCCAUUGGACGCAGGAUGAGUGACAGGUGAAUGCAAAAGAUGACAUUGAUUCUUCUGUAGAAAUUGACUAAACUCUUGUGAAUUAAAUGGUGGACCACUGUCGCAGACUAACUCGUUGGGUAAACCAAACAGAGCAAAAAGAGUUCUUAGAUAGUCAAUAACAUCAGUGGCAGUAGUUUUCGUCAUUGCUUCAACGAAAGGAAAUUUGGAGUGAUGAUCCACUUCUACAAUAAAAGUGAGACCAUACUUCUUGGCGAAAUCUACAAAGAGUCUUCUCCAAGGUUGUGUAGACCAAUUCCAUGGUCGAACUUGAACAUCUUUUCUCGCAUUCUGCGUGACUUGACAUACACCACAUUGCUUUACUAACUGCUCAAUAUCCUAGUCAAUGUUUGGCCAAUAAACAUGGCUCCGAGCCAGCUGCUUCAUUCUUGUCUCUCCUGGAUGCUCAGCAUGGAGCAAAUGUAAAAUUUGCGGUUGCAAGGCAUAUGGUAUAACUACUCUUGAGCCCCACAAAAUGCAUCCAUUUUCCAUAGAAAGCUCGAGAUGUUUUCUCUUGAAAAAUUCGUAAGCAGGAUCUUGAGCAGACUCAUCAGUCCAUCCAUAUUGUACAAAAGCCGAAACUCUUGCCUGGUUUCAACAAUUCGAAGACUAUUGCUUCCUCUACGAUGUAGACUUUGAAGAGCCGGAUGACGAAGGAUUUAUUGCUCAUAAUCGCAGAAGAGCUCUGUUCUUGUCAAAGAUGGGACCCGUUGCGCAUGCCACCCUAGUAAAUGCCUGUUUGCCAGACCGACCAAAUGAAUAUCCUAUUGAAGAGCUAAGCGAUGUACUCCGCGAACGUUUUGAGCCGCCAUUCCUUAUUCCAGUCAACCGUUUUCACUUUUCACAACGAGUUCAAGGAGAGCAAGAAUCCGCUUCUGAUUAUUUUGAUGCCCUAGCCACCAUGGCAGAACGCUGCAAUUUUGGAAAUGGUCGAGACGAAGCAAUCCGCGAUCGAAUAAUCACCGGCAUCCGUAACGACAGAACAAGGGCCUUACUUCUAGAUGAAGUUGAACUGACUUUAGCUGAUGCCAAGCGUAUUGUUCAACAGUCAGAAACGGUUCGAGUUCAAGGAAGGGCCUUGGCUCAAGCUCUCCCAGUUGGAAGAGUUGUAGCCCAACCAAACCAACAGCUGAAACAGAAACCCAAGAACUGGAAUCAACCAAGAAACCCAAGUAACUUCAAGCAACGGAACUUCAAUCAACGGAACCCCAAUCCAUCAACUUCAAACCAGAAGCAGUGGAACCGACGCUACAGAUGUACCAAACGACAUGAUGGAAGAACCUGUCCAGCAGUAAACUGGAUCUGCAGCAAAUGUAACAGGAAAGGCCAUACGGCUCCAGCCUGCAGAAGUGUCAGCAGGGUCAAUACUAUUCGAGGUUCUGGAGGACAAGCUGUCAUCACUUCAAGAUCAAGGAUCUCGGAGAGGCUCAUGAGGUGUUGGGUAUGAGGAUCAACCGAGACGGGAAGAAGAAGACUGCCACUAUGAUCACCCACUUCAUCUUGCUUGGAGAAGCAUGGACUGCUGGACUGCAACCCAUCACACUGAUACCGGUGGAGCCUGGGAUGAGGAUGACACCAGAGUAAACUCCACCUGCUGACCCUGAGUAUCCUUCACGUUAGAUUCUUGGCUCAAUCAUGCAUUUAUUCAUUGCUAGCAGACCUGAUCUCUCCUUCUGUGCAAGCGCCUUGAGCCAGUUCUCAUCUGAUCCUAGACAAGAGCAUGUGGCUGUUUUGAAAACGGCACUUCGCUACCUUAAGGGCACUCAAGGCUUGAAACUUGUUUAUGAUGGAAAUCUAAAUGGCCUUUGUUCUUACUCAGAUGCUGAUUGGGGCAACGACCAACGACCAUGACCGCAGAUCCUACCCAGGAAAUUGUUUCACCGUCUGUGGCGGAGCUGUGAGCUGGGAAGCCCGCAAACAGAAGUGUGUGGCACAUUCAUCCACCGAGGCCGAGUUCAUCAGCAUCUCUGAAUGCGACAAGAAAGUAGUGCAUCUGUCACGACUGCUGGAAGAAAUUCUGGGGCAGAAAGUAACUCCCUGUGGCCAUUAUUUGUGACAGUCCGAGUGCUACCAGCCUGGUGCUGAAUCCAGUUUACCACAAAAGAACCAAACGACGCGUCCUACGAACAAAGUUCGAUCUCCCGGCGCGCCGUUCAACACUGUCCGAUCUCCGGGCGCGCCGUUCAACAAAGUUCGAUCUCCUGGCGCGCCGUUCAACGCUGUCCGAUCUCCUUUUCGGGGUUUGCAGUGAGGUGGAAGUUUAAACGCCUCGUACGUCUGUUCGUCAAGAUCAUGGCAUAUUAUUAUUGGUCCAAUGCGUUGCGUAAUCUUUGAGGAUCAAAUAGAAUUUAUAAGUUUCAUUUUAAGUGAACUAUCAACGAAGAUAUCACGGAUUGAAGCCUACGGUGCAGAUAA